CAGAAUGCCUCAGCAAACUAGUGAUAUAAAAACCAUUUUCCUAAUCCUCCUGUUUAUGAUCACACUGUUUCCCAAUUCAAUCUACUAUAUCUGGACUCUUCCUCUCAGCCUCAUCUUCUCACAAGUGCCACCACCUGCAGAUUCUGCCCCCACCAUGUCUUGGUUCCAGAAGCAAAUCACACUACCAGCCCAAUCGCGUGGCUCAUAUCUCAUCACGGACCAGAUAGUGUCUGCGCUCCCAGAGUUAAAAGGCUACAAGGUUGGAUUGCUGAAUCUAUUCGUCCAACACACAAGCUGUGCCCUAAGCCUGAACGAGAAUUGGGAUGAGGAUGUUAGAACAGACAUGAGCGAUGCUCUCGACCGCAUUGCGCCAGAUUUCGGGGCCAAAGGAGAGGCCCUGUACCGACAUGACGCUGAAGGCCCUGAUGAUAUGCCGGCUCAUAUCAAAUCAGCACUUAUCGGUGCCAGUGUCACCGUUCCAAUCCAGAAUGGCAAGUUGGCCACGGGAACAUGGCAGGGAAUCUGGUACUUGGAAUUCAGGGCAAGUAAACACCAGCGUCGCAUCGUGGCAACAAUUCAGGGAGAAAAGGCAUAAGGAGAGAGUCUAUAACAUUGAAUUGGAAAUCUUUGUAUUUAUUAGACAACCUGUAGCUUCAAAGCUGUAUACAUUGAGUCGUUUUACCUAUACGCCAAA